GGUGUUACUGCACUCGAGUACAUGCACUAUUUCUACGACGAAAAGUACAAAAUGGAGUGGGACCACACUAUAAAUGGUAUGGAUGUCGUGGAAAAAAUCAGCCGCGAUACGAUGGUUCUUCAUCAGAAACACAAAACGGUAUGGCCGGCCGCUGCCCGCGAAUCUCUAUUCGUUUCUCACAUACGUCGUGUGGAUGGUUCGAAAACGGGAGACGCAUACGAUCUCUACAUCGUAUGCAACAAAGAUGUCACUCGAUCGGACGUCCCGGUGAGGUUUUAG